UACCAGCAGCUUGAGUUCUCUCGUGCCGAAAUAGAGAAAGCUCACUGGUAUAUCUUGAACAACUGUAAAGAACUACAAUCAUAUUUAUGGUAAGACAUAAAAUUAUUUUUGCAACCAUUUAUAAUUAUUUAUGACUCAAUAGCUAAUUAAUGUAGUGUACUAACAAAAGUGUGUACAACUAGUGAACACAUGGAGCAGUUGGAAAAGGAAACCAAUGAUAAUUUAUUUCAAAGGCAAAAACAGCUAUUCCCAAAGUGGUUUGCGAAUCAUAUGAAAAUAUUACGCCAUCAAGGAUCACCAGAAGCUACUGAUGAAUUGUAUUCAUUAGCCUCUGGACCUGAUCGUAGAGUAUCUUUAUAUCAUAGUUGUGUGGUAAAUGGAAUUCGAUUUCACACUAAAGAUCGAGAUGAUCGACACACAACUCAAAAUAGUGGUGUUCUUGUAUUGGGUGACCAUUAUGAGGAUAUGAUUGAUUUCUAUGGUGUGUUGCUGAAUGUUGUUGUGUUAGAUUAUAUCUUCAACAACCAAGUUGUUCUAUUCAAGUGUGAAUGGUUUGAUACUGAUCCCAAUAAAAAGAGAUUGCAAGAUGAUGGUGUCCUUAGGUGCAUUAAUGUGGAUAAUAAGUGGUAUGAAGAAGAUCUUUAUGUUCUUGCAAGCCAAGCACAACAAAUCUUUUACGUAAAUGAUCCAAAGUUAGGAUCAAGUUGGAAAGUGGUGCAAAAAGUACUUCAUAGACACAUAUUUGAUGUCCCAGAGCAAACUACAACAAAUGAUAGUGAAAAUGAUAAUGAAGAUCCAACAAUAGAAGAAGCAUAUCAAGAAAAUGAUUUAACUGAUAUUGUUUGGUCAGUAAACCAAGAUUGUAAUGUUCUACAAUAUCAAAGGGCAGAUGGUGAUUCAACCUAUAUUGAUAUUGAAAUGUGGUUGAUCAUGGGAGAAGAUUUGAAAAUGAUGAUUUAA